GCUGGGCACUUGACAGACUUCUCCAGCAACGAUUUGUAUUGAUGUGACCAAAGGCGAGUGAGGUGGAGGCUGACCCGUGGGCGGUCACACUGCGCAAUACCGUAGGGCAAAGUUUGCCUGCUCUGAUCUGCCGCUUGUGACUCGGAGGACUGCUGUGUGCGGCAUGAACCAGGGCUGAGCGCAGGGCUCGGGUGGUGCGUAUGUCCAAUAUUAUCUUUAAUGAAUGCUGCCGUGUAACCGCCGUGUUUCAGAACGUACUCUCUGGCGUGGGCCUCUGCCUGUCCACUGCACUGAUCCUAGCCAUGGGUGGGAGUCUGGGUUGCCACCGCUCCAUCCCCAAAGACCCCACUGAUUUCAGCUGCGGCAAGCGCAAAUUCAGCGCCGCCUGCAACUUCAGCCACAUUCUGGUGAAUCAGGAGCGGCUGAACAUUAACACCGCCACCGAGGAGGAGCUCAUGACUCUGCCGGGAGUCAAUCGCAUAGUUGCGCGGAAUAUCGUGCAGUACCGGGACUGUAUCGGUGGCUUUAAAAAGGUGGAGGACCUAGCGCUGGUAAGCGGGGUCGGGGCCACCAAGCUGGAGGUGAUCAAACUGGAAAUCUGCGUUUCUAGCAGGACCAGUUCUUCCCAACACUCUCCGUCGUCACUGCGCAAAGACUUGGACUCUCAGUUCUACACCGGGAUGAACAUCAACACCGCCACCCCGGCGCAGCUCAUGAGCAUUCGAGGUAUCACGGAAAAGAUUGCAAAGAACGUGGUUUCGUAUCGCGCGGAGCACGGCCCGUUUAAAAGCAUCGAGGACCUGGUAAAGGUGAAGCACAUCAACAGCUCGCUGCUCGACAAAAUCCGGUUCCAAGUUUUCGUGGAGCGCUCCCGGGCACCCUCCACCAACACGAACGCAGGGCUCCCCGGCACCACCAAGUGUCACCCAAGCCCCUCUUCCUUUAGUCUGGGCAGCGACGACUUGGACCUCCCACCUGGAGGCCCGACCCAGAUCGUCUCUGUGCGGCCGAAGGUGGAUCGCCCGCUGGGGCUCCGGGACGGGAAGUCCGUGGUGCGUGUGGCCACCUGGAGCCUGCAGGGCUGCUCGUGCGACAAGGCUAACAACCCGGGGGUCAGGGAGGUGGUGUGCAUGACCCUGCUCGAGAAUGAUAUCAAGUUACUGGCAGUGCAAGACCUGCUGGAGCACGAGGCUAUUGAUAAGUUCUGUGCAGAAUUAAAUCAAGGAACACUUGCCAGUUUACAGAAGUGGAAAUGGCCACGAGGGCUGUGGAAAAGUGUUGUGUCAGAAAAACCCACCGGACAUUCCAGCAAGGGAGUGAGCUACUCUGGCUUUUUGUGGGAUAGCUCAUCAGGAAUUGAUCUGAAGGAUGCCCUCGUCUUGGAGUCUCCUGCUGUCAAUGGAAAUGGGAGUCAUGUACACCAUCCACUCUAUGUGGCUCACUUUUUAAUUGGUUCAUUUGAGCUGACGGUGGUGAAUGUCCAUAUGCAAGCCCCUGCUUCACCAGAGCAGUCCGGUGGCAAAAACCAAAACUCUGAUGAAGCCAAGUGUCAACGCCUCCCUCCCAGCAUCCAGGGAACACUAAAAGGUGAGAAGGAUCUACUAGUGUUGGGCAAUUUUGGUUGCUCUCCUCAGAGCUCAGAGCUGGAAACACUGAGAAAGGAGAAAUUCUGUGCCCUGAUACCAUCCACUCAGUUCACCAACAUCACCACCUGCUCACCACAGGGCACCCGCUGCUUGGACAACAUCUGGGUCAGCCGUUCUCUACAGAAGAUAUAUUCAGGCCACUGCAUGGUAGUUCGGGAAGGCUUAACUAACCCCUGGAUCCCAGAUAACUGGUCAUGGGGCGGUGUGGCCUCUGAUCACUGCCCUGUGUUUGCAGAAUUUUAUGCAGACCUACCUCCUAAGGAGCUUAGCAGACCUGGUAUGGCAGCGGUGGACAGGGGAGACAUUCUGCCCAAACAUGAGCGGUGACAUCAGCUGCAGCAAAGACAGAACUGAGUGACAUGAAAAAGAUUUUAACCUAUCAGGAUUCUACUUUAUCUCGGUUUGCUGUGGCGCAGUUUCCUACAGAAUGUGAACAAGUGCCAAGAUUGCCUUUUGGGUUUCAGGUUAUCAAUGUAAAAUCGUAAAUAAGAAAUAUUCAAGCCAUAACAAAUGUUUAGACAAAAAUAUGAUGUAUUUUAAAAGAAAUGUGCCAAACAUUUUAUAUAUGUAUAGAAAAAUAAAUUGAUAGAUAUUCAAGGUCUGUACAAACUCUUAUUGAUACAGUUUGAGCACCAUCUGAAUGACCCUGCUCUCUUUAUAGGCGCUGCUGUGUCCUUCAUCUUUCAUAUUUCACUGGAGAGUAAGAUUCAAUCUCAGCUGCUGAGCUCAUGAAAGCUGUGUGCUUAAUUAUAUAAGUGAAGCUUGUGUGCAUGUGAACUGCCAUACUUCUCUGAGAUGGCAAUAACGUUGCCAGGCACAGUGACAUCACAGGGCAUUGCUGCUGCCCUUAAAACUGGUCAUUAACCACCUUCACAAUACUGCUUUUGAAAUUAAACAGCCGAGUAACACACACUUGUGUUAUACUGCUCAACACUGUGUUUUAAAAGCACUGUUUAUGUGCACUGACGCCUUUCUGGGCUGCUGUUGCCGACUGGCUCACCUGGCUCUUUCUGUUUUGGUACACAUAGCUGUUCUCUCUCAGCUCCUCGCUCCCUCCACGUCCUGUGUGCUGCUCAAAUAGGGGAGGCAUGAUCUGAUGAUGAUCCCUAACUGCAUUGGCCAGCCUCCUCUGGCACUGCCCCCUGAACCCACUGCACCACUCCCCCCACUUUUUUCUUUUUUGCCCUGUAACACAGAAGACAAAGUGGGGGAUAUGGCAUAUUUUACCACAUGAGCUUUGAGCUAUUUUUCAAGUCUUACUGACCUUAUUGACCUUACUGACAAAGCACUUUACACAGCAAUCAGAUCAGAAAUUGACUCUAAGCAGUCACGUGAUCCCAUGACAGCAGAGAUGACGCUAGUGAUGGUUGGAUGACUCCUCAUGAAGUGAUUAAUGUGCUGCUCAAUAGUGAGAGCUGCUGGAUUAAAAAAGUUACUGCAGGCAACCUGGAGAAAGAAUUUGUCCCAUGAUUCUGAUACCAGGAGAUCAAAUCUGUGACAAAUAAUCCUGAUUACAUAACCAACUGAUGAAAUACAAAGUGAAGUGCAUGUAUUCCAAUUAAUUUGGUUAUAACAAAAUGAAUAUGGUUGACUAAUACAGUAUAUCUAAUAUAUCUGUUUGGUAAUGGUCUAAGGAGCUUGGAAAGAAGAAUAUUUUGUAAUGAAGUAUAAGUGAAAAGCGUAAAAUAAAAAUGAAAGUUUUGUUAAGGAAAUAGAAGUGCUUGUCCCAGUGGGAGUGAUUGCACUUGUGUGUGAGGAGGAGAAGGUUAAUUCAUGUGAACAUAAAGAAAUGAGUCCAUGAGUAAAGCAUUGGGACGUAACUCAAAUUACAACUGCGCAAAAGUGGAAACAGGAACGGGGAAAAUAGGCACCGCACGAUGAUAGGGCACUGCUGCUGUAUACGUCACAUAAUGUUUCUUAAAGCAAUACGCGCACCGAUAACGAGUGUGGCUAGCUGUGCUCAGUGGCUGUAGAUUUCUACAGGUUGUGCUUGAUACACUCACCGACGUUUUGAUAUUGUUUGACCAAUCAUUAGUAAAUCCCCCCUGAGUUUCUUCAUCUUCCAGAAGCUGUCACUACAAAAAUGUCAAACUCACUAAACUUAAUAAAGAAUUCCCAAAUCAUAAAUGUGUGUUCCUUUUAAUCUAGCUUUUAAAAUAACAAUCCUCCAUAAACUUAAUGGAAUGGAACCUCUGGGACCAGUAGUGACCUGUAAUGGAAAUGGGUGUGACGUUUAAACCCAACAUAACUCCAUGUCAUAUAUUCUCCUCCAUGUCUAUUUUAACAUUUAUUUCUUUAAUUUUUAUAUCUCAAUAUCAUUACAUUUUUUCUUGUUUUAAAAAAACAGAAACACACGUUGACUAAAUCCAAAGUGUUGAACCUCCUCAUGACAUUGUUAAAUAAUCAAGAUUAAAAUAUCUGUCCAAAAUAAUAGAGAUCAUUCACACGAGUCCCCCUGUAAGAUCCUUUCCAGAGUUUCAUGACUUUUGGUGUUCUUUAGAUCAGUCACUGCAGACACAGCCCAGACAAACUGGAAGCUUCAUGUUGCUUAACGUUGAGUAAGAAUAAUUAUCUGUACGUUUCCCUGUGAUGGGCUGGUUACCUGACUGAAGAGUAAUACCCAAGUCUUUUGACCUCACACGGUUCCAAGUGGAAGAAAAGGUGAAUUAAAUGUACUGUACAAAUAAACAACUUGAUGUCCAAAACUAUACUAUGUGCUGUAUUUUUGAUUAUUAAUGUAUUUUAUGUAUUUCUGUUUUUAUAUUACUGUGAAGCACUUUGUGGUUUUUAUCCUGUGAAAAGUGCUAUAUAAAUAAAUUGAUUUGAUUUGA